GGCUCGGAAUUCAAAAAUAUAUAUACAACCGGAAGUGAACAAAGAAAACAGGCGAACCUUCGAGAUUUUGGAAUUAUAUUUCAUUGUUUUCAUCUAGAAACGACACCUUUCACAAAAGCAAAAUGGUGUCACUUAAUCCUGUACAGAUCUUCAAUGCAGGCGCUGAGGAAGAGAAAGCAGAAACUGCUCGAUUGUCCUCCUUUGUUGGAGCCAUAGCUAUUGGGGACCUGGUGAAGAGCACUUUGGGCCCUAAAGGAAUGGAUAAAAUCUUGCAAAGUUCUGGUGGAAUAGAAGUCACAAAUGAUGGAGCCACUAUUUUGAAAUCCAUAGGCAUAGACAACCCAGCAGCAAAAAUUUUAGUGGACAUCUCCAAAGUCCAGGAUGAUGAGGUGGGGGAUGGGACAACCUCUGUGGUGGUACUGGCCAGCGAGCUUCUGAGGGAGUCGGAGUCCUUAAUUUCCCAGAAGAUUCACCCCCAGACCAUUAUAUCCGGCUGGAGGAAGGCCACAGAUGAAGCACGGCGAGCUCUGCAAAACUUUGCCAGAGACAAUGGAAAUAAUGAGACGAAGUUCCGAGAAGACUUGAUGAACAUUGCUCGUACCACCCUCAGCUCAAAAAUCCUCACUCAGUACAAAGACUACUUUGCUAAUCUGGCUGUAGAUGCUGUUCUUAGGUUAAAGGGCAGUGGUAAUUUAGAUGCUAUUCACUUAAUCAAGAAAUCUGGAGGUGGCUUACAAGAUUCUUACUUAGAUGAAGGUUUCCUUUUGGAUAAGAAAAUUGGCGUCAACCAGCCCAAGAGGAUAGAGAAUGCUAAGAUUCUGAUUGCUAACACACCAAUGGACACAGAUAAAGUCAAGGUGUUUGGAACUAAAGUGAAAGUGGAUGCAGUCUCUAAAGUAGCAGAAUUAGAAUUGGCAGAAAAGGAGAAAAUGAGAGAUAAAGUUAACAAAAUCAUCAAACAUGGCUGUAAUGUGUUCAUCAAUAGACAGUUAAUAUACAACUAUCCUGAGCAGCUGUUUGCAGACGCUGGGGUGAUGGCCAUCGAGCAUGCUGACUUUGAGGGAGUGGAAAGAUUGGCAUUAGUGACAGGUGGUGAAAUCGCAUCCACAUUUGAUUCACCGGAUCAUGUUCGUCUUGGCAAGUGUAAUGUUAUAGAGGAAGUGAUGAUUGGGGAGGACAAACUCAUCAAGUUCUCUGGUGUGGAGAUGGGUGAAGCCUGUACCAUUGUUCUACGAGGGGCCACUAAACAGAUCCUGGACGAGGCGGAGAGGUCCCUUCAUGAUGCCCUCUGUGUUCUGACUCAGACCGUGAAGGAAACUAAAACAGUGUUUGGAGGAGGAAGUUCAGAGAUGCUGAUGGCAGAUGCAGUUUCCAAACUGGCAGCAAAGACACCUGGGAAAGAAGCUGUUGCCAUGGAAUCUUAUGCCAAAGCUUUGAGAAUGCUGCCUACUACUAUAGCUGACAAUGCGGGUUAUGACAGCGCCCAGCUGGUUUCUGAACUGAGGGCACUUCACACGGCAGGAAAGCACACAAUGGGAUUAAAUAUGGUUGAAGGUGAAGUAGGAGACAUGGAGAAGCGUGGAAUCACUGAAUCCUUUCAAGUGAAGCGCCAAGUAUUAAUGAGUGCAUCAGAGGCUGCAGAAAUGAUUCUACGUGUGGACGACAUCAUAAAAUCCGCUCCAAGACCUCGACAACCAGACCACAGACAUCAUUGAAAUAAUUAAGACAAUUUAUGAUUAUAUACGUUUAUUAGUGACUUGUAAAUCCUUGAAUUUUAGAACAAAAACAUGAAUAUCAAAGCAAGCAUGUGAGCCAUUUUGUAUUGUAAUAAAGUUUUGACAUUUCC